GCAGGUAGGGGAUGCAUUCAUUACACCUAAAUCUGAAGUUGGCUUCUAAGGUAUCACUUGGAUGGGAAGAUUUUCUGAAGCUCCCUUGCAGCUUGCUGGGCGUUUUCUUGCGGCCGCAGUGCUUUUUCAGCUCAUUUCUUUAUGCUGCUGUUUCCCACUGAUCUGUCACGCCCGAAGCUAUCUGGUUACUGCCCUAGGUGCUCGAAUCAGGGUGAAUUCCACGAGAUUCACUAGCGGUUUUGUUCCAGUCCAAGGAGGAGGCGCGCAGCCCAGAUCCCCCCAGUCUCCUUUCUUCAAUCUUCCUGCCGAGGACUUCCAAGGUUGGGAGCACGGUGUCCUGCAGCUGAUCCAGCGUGAGGCACCAACAAAAGAGACCAGAGGUGCCACUGUGGGCAGCGGCGGGAAGAGGAGCGCGAGUUUGAGCGUCCUGACUCGCCGUGCGUACUUUCUGGAGGGAAAAGGGGCGGGGGAAUCGCCCUGGCUGGGGAACGCCCGCUGGCAAGGAGGGGUUAGCCAAGUUCCGGUUGCGGCGUCCCUCCUCCGCUCCCACGGGAGGAAAGUUUUCUCCUUAAGCUUCCUGCUGACCCGUCCCCUCCGGGCCCAGCUUCCGAGCCUUCGGAGCGGGCGCCAUCCCAGGCCGACUCCUGGGAGACCCGUGCCGCGAUGUCUGGGGGGUGCUCCCGGGGCCCCCGCGCGGGGGAUGCGCGGCUGCGGCUCGCGCGGCUGGCGCUGGUCUGGCUGGGCUGGGUCUCCUCGUCCUCGCUCACUUCCUUGGCGACGUCCUCCACCUCCUCUGCAACGUUCCUGGCUUCCGCGGUGUCUGCCCAGCCUCUGCUGCAGAGCCAAUGCCCGCCGCCUUGUGAGUGCUCCGAAGCGGCGCGGACGGUUAAGUGCGUUAAUAGUGAUCUGACCGAGGUGCCCGCGGACCUGCCCCCUUACGUACGCAACCUCUUCCUCACUGGCAAUCAGCUGGCAGUGCUCCCAGCCGGCGCCUUCGCCCGUGGACCGCCGCUGGCCGAGCUGGCCACGCUCAACCUCAGCGGCAGCCACCUGCAGGAGGUGCGCGCAGGAGCCUUCGAGAAUCUGCCCAGCCUGCGCCAGCUCGACCUCAGUCACAACCCUCUGCGCAAAUUCAGCCCCUUCGCUUUCUCCGGCAGCAACGCCAGCGUCUUGGCCUCGAGCCCCCUGGUGGAACUGAUCCUGAACCACGUCUUGCCCCCUGUGGAUAAGGAGGAGAAGUGGAGCAUUGAGGGUAUGGUGGCUGCUGCCCUGAGAGCUGGCCAGGUGCUGCGUGGGCUCCACCACCUGGAGCUCGCCAGCAACCACUUUCUUUACCUGCCCCAUGAUGUACUGGCCCAGCUGCCGGGCCUCAGGCACCUGGACCUGCGCAACAACUCGCUGGUGAGCCUGACUUAUGUGUCCUUCCGAAACCUGACACACCUGGAAAGCCUCCACUUGGAGGACAACGCCCUCAAGGUCCUUCGUAAUGGCACCCUGGCAGAGCUGCAAGGCCUGCCCCAAGUCAGGGUCUUCCUGGACAACAACCCCUGGGUCUGCGACUGUGACAUGGAGGACAUGGUGACCUGGCUCAAGGAGACAGAGGUAGUGCAGAACAAAGCCGGGCUCACCUGUGCAUUUCCAGACAAAAUGAGGAAUCGGGUCCUCCUGGAACUCAACAGCUCUGACCUGGAGUGUGACCCUAUUCUUCCUCCAUCCCUGCAGACUUCUUAUGUCUUUCUAGGUAUUGUUUUAGCCCUGAUAGGCGCCAUUUUCCUACUGGUUUUGUAUUUGAACCGUAAGGGGAUAAAAAAGUGGAUGCAUAACAUCAGAGAUGCCUGCAGGGAUCACAUGGAAGGGUAUCAUUACAGGUACGAGAUCAAUGCGGAUCCCAGGUUAACAAACCUCAGUUCUAAUUCGGAUGUCUGAGAAACAUUCAAAGACAGAACAAGGACAACUGCAUGAGACGUAGACUUAAGCUUUAUCCUGUCUUAGGCUUGCUCCACCUCUAACCCUCCACUGUAGACACUGCUGACCUUGACUGAAAGCAGUGAAGGAAAUUUGCACCCUUGUCAUGUAAAGUGACUUGGUGUGGUCUGCUGAUAUAAGAUGAUGAACGAUUACAUAGUCUUUUACCCUCUUCCCUUUCCUGGAACUCAACACGUGUGGAGGGAUUUUUCAAAUUUCAGCAUGAACUCCUGGCUGACUGUUUCUCUUAGUACAGUUCAAGGUGUAACAAGUGUACCAACACAGAUAGCAUUCAACAGAAGCUGCCUCAACUUUUUUGACAAAAAUACUCUGUUCAUAAGUAUCAGUUUUCUUCUCACGUACCUAAAUUGUGAAGAAAAUGGUUGCAUUCCAUAAACUGCCUGCAGACCUUAGCAAGCUCUUCAAAAUAACUCCAUAGUACCCAGGAGCACCUGCAUCCAAGAGCAUGCUUACAUUUUACUGUUCUGCAUAUUAUAAAAAAUAACUUGAAACUUCAGAUAACUUCUUUGACCAAGUAAAUUACUUUUUUGGUUGCAGUUUAUAUGGAACUAUACAAUUGUUUUACAAACUGCAUUGAGAUCCAACAGGCUAAAUUGUUAAAAAAUUCAAUAAAGAUUCUUAAAAGAA